AUGGUUGAGGCAAUUAUGGGAAGAAACUCGUUUGUUACUUUGAAAAAUACUCAGCGUCAUGAACUCUUUCUUUCUAUUAUCGCUCAAAAAAACCCUGCCACCCAUAGCGAAGCCAUAUCCCAAUUGACGUAUUUCUGGGGUCAUCAUCCAAAUGAUAUCAUACGUUUUGUGAAGAGUCAAUCAAAAAAACCCAACAAUUGUAUCCUUGACGAAGCAGUACUUGCAAUGAUAGACUUUCACCAUCCUCGACUUAGCUACAGCAAAUAUCGCUGCACCCGGUUGUCACUCGCUUGUGUUGAAGGUGCACCAUCAAGUGCCGUAACGUGGUUACAGGCACGAAAGAUACAUACUCGGCAUUACGACGAGAUAUAUGGGGUGUUGACUUCUGUUGAUGUUAUGAAGUUGACGAUGCCAAGUGAUGAUGAGGACGAUGAGGCUUCCAUUGAAGUAUCUGCGAACGAGACUUCUUCCGUCAACCUUUCCGAUUCUCCGGUGAAUACUGUGGAAGAUCCCGUUGAAGUCUCCUCGUGUGAUGAAUCAAGUAUCCCUUCUGACCAACACGGCCUAACUACGGCAAAAAAGAGACGGACCUCGUCGCUGGACGAUGAAGACUACCCUGCUCAGCCCCAAACCAAGCGUUCUAUCAUAAACGUUACACAUGCUAUUCCAAAGAUGUUUCAUUUUGAAAAUUGCCCUGUGACUAUCAACAUCCUUAGAGGUAGCCAGCAAUCUGACGAUGAGGAACUGGAUGCGGAAGAAGCGUGA